GUUUUAUUGUAAUGGAAUAAAAAAGGUGCUUGCCUCGUCUAAACCUCGAACCUAAACGGCCAAACCCCAGCAAAGGGCUCACUGCAAACAAACGUUCGCAACCAUCUCCUUUCGCUUCGAAUCACUCGUGAAAAACAAUGAGGAAACUAAAGUUUCAUGAAAAGAAGCUUUUGAAGAAGGUAAAUUUUUUGGAAUGGAAGAGAGAAGGGGGUCACAGAGAGAACCUGGUUAUGCAACGCUACCAUAUUACUGGACGGGAUGAUUACAAAAAAUAUUCAAGUUUAUGCCACAUGGUUCAGAAGUUAGUAAACAUAUUGAAACAGAUGGACCCAAAGGAUCCUUUUCGGAUUGAUAUGACUGAUAAGCUUUUGGAAAAGCUCUACAACAUGGGUGUGAUUCCAACCAGGCAAAGCAUCACACUAUGUGAACGCUUAACUGUGUCAUCCUUCUGUAGGCGUAGGCUCUCAACUGUUUUGGUGCGACUAAAAUUUGCGGAGCACUUGAAAGAAGCUGUCACAUACAUUGAACAGGGGCAUAUAAGAGUUGGUCCAGAGACAGUUACAGACCCAGCUUACCUUGUAACUAGAAACAUGGAAGACUUUGUUACAUGGGUGGAUUCAUCCAAGAUAAAGAGAAAAGUGCUUCAGUACAAUGACAAGUUAGAUGACUAUGAUUUAAUGAAUUAAGUCUAAGGCUAAUUGUCGCUUAUUGUGGUUUGCUACAUGAAUCGUGGAAGAGUGUUUCAUUUGGCAGGUAGUUUAGAGAGGCAUGAAUUUUUGUGGGAUUUUUUAAUCUUAAAUUCAUAUCAGAUUAAGGUGAUGUAAUGAAGCUGGAAAUUCGUGAAUCAUGAUAGUGAUAUCAAAUAUUUUGCAUUUUUCCAUUCA